AUGAUUCGGGAAGAGGGGGAAGCAAGCAAGACCAGCAUCAUGGACCUCAGUGACUCCCCUGAACUGACGCGGUGUCCCCGCUGCCAGCAAGAGCGGCCUAAAAAACUCGGGGACCAGCGCACGGUGUGUAAAUUCUGCUCCAAGGCGCUGCGGCGGGUCUACCAGUUCUGCUCAGCAUGCCAGCGGGAAUGGCACCAGACUGAGGGGACUGGGGGCGACUCCUGCAGCCUUCCUGGCUGUGGGAUACGGGCUGCUCUCCUCUCCUCUGAUGUCAUCACUGAUCCGGUCAGCUCCGUGGUGGGAUGCCCCCUUUUCCGGGCCUGCCCCAGCUGUAAGAACCUUCUAACACACUCUGGGGAGGGGUGUCCAAAUAUCACAUGUCCACACUGCAAUACACUUUUCUGCUUUCGCUGCCUUAAGGAGGAUUUACUGUGA